GUAACUGAAUGGACCAUCUAUCCUAAUACAGUACCUUUUGUUCUAACAAUGGCAUUGGUCAAUCUUUCCACUAAUUAUGGUCUUCUACUUUGGGUGGUCCCAUGCUUUCAACCGCCCAUUUGCAAAUGGCCUUCUGCAGUAUGGGACGGAUCAGGCAACUCAACCGUCAUUAUUAACCACGAAUAGGGGAAGACAAAUUGGUACAACGAUUGGACCUUCGGGUUUAUUUGAAUUCCCCAAAUCCCAUGGCGAGUCUAUUGCAGAAUUGGUUUGAUUCUUUAUGUCUUCCCCUUUGUCUCCACGGGCUCUAUUCGCUUGCAGAAAGCCAACAUACCAUACAAGAGAUCUCCUUUUGCCCUUUGUCCUUCUUUUACCAAGUACAAUCCCAACAUCGCAUGAAUCGUAGUAUAAGUCAAUCUUAGCGACCUCAUGUCAAUUCGUUCCGUUUGGGCUGGAUUCCUUGCUCCGAUCAAUCGCCCAGAGGCCACGCAAGUACCAGACGACGAAGCCAUGGUAGGCCUCAACGGGUCCAAUACGAAUAAUGGACAAGAGAGCUCAAAUAAAAAACACGCGAGGGAAAAUAAUAGAGAAGACGAACUAGCGGCUAAGAAGCAAAAAGUAGGAAACGAGAAGCCAGCGGAUGGGGCCAAUGGACAGCUUUCGCAAGAGCAGUUGGAACGUGAAAAUGGGCAGAGGUGGGUGGAACACACCGCCUUUAUACGGGCUCUGCGGACCAGUGGAAUUCUGGCCAAAGACAGCAGUAUCGGUAUCAACGACAUCCUCAAACACAACCUAGCAUGGACCACUUUGAAUCCCGCCCAACAGGCUGAGCUGACGUCCCUACUCGCUCCAGUUCCACGAGGUGGUGGGAAAGGGUGGGACGAGGUAUCAGCUCCCACUGGACAUGCCCUAUACAAUACCUCCUUCAGGCCUGACUGCCGAAUGGUGGGCGAUCAGGUGAACGCCGGCCGGUACAACCCAGCUACAUUGGUCGCCUAUGCACGCGCGAGGAAGUGAGAGCGACCGCCGCUUUUCAGGAGCAUGAGAAGAUUGGCAGACAAGUUCGGCACGGAUAUUGGCCAGACAAGGGUGAGGGACAAGGGGGCGAGGUAGUAAAAGAUUCACCUGCAGCAGUACAGAGCGGGAAGGGCGGCAAGGGCAAUCAGGGGAAUAAGGGCGAGGCCGGCAGAAAGUCAACCGAUAAAAUCAGCUCCACAACAGAAUAUGUGGCGAUCAUCACGAUUAGGGUAAUCCCGACAGAUGAGACAGCGAGGGGUUGGGCAAACAUUAAAGCGAAGAAGGAGAAAAAAACAAAAGACGACAAGGAGAAUAAAGACAAGGAGAACGAGGGGGACGAGGACGGGGACGAGGAUGAGGAUGAGGAUGAGGACGAAUAUGAGGACGAGUAUGAGGACAUGGACUAAAGCUGCCAUAAUUGCAGCCUGUAGUUCACUGCCCGUUUGCUAGUACAAGA